ACCCAAAAAAUCCCUGCAUCUAUCUGCAAUGGCAUCAACAGCAAAAUCCAUAGCUCAAACCCUAAGGCGAUACAUAAAAAAGCCAUGGGAAAUCACCGGUCCAUGCGCCGAUCCAGAAUACAAAUCCGCUCUCCCUCUCGCCGCCGAUUACCGGCCGUUCUGUCCGGCGACGGAGCCGGCGAAGGCGAUCGUUCCGACUUCCGAUCCGGAAACAGUGUUUGAUAUCAAGUAUUUCUCACGCGAUCAACGCCGUAACCGUCCGCCAAUCAAACGUACGGUAUUGAAGAAAAACGACGUCGUUAAGAUGAUGAAGGAGAAAACAUUUGAUGUUAGUGAUUUUCCGCCUGUUUAUUUGACAAAAGCUGUUGAAGAAGAUUACAAUGCUUGUGGUGGUGGUUAUGUUAAGUAAUCAUUUUUAUCUUUUCAUCAGGUUAUCUGGUGGGACUCUGGGAUGACUUGCCUGCCACCAAUAAAUCCAAUGAAGUUGUCUCUUAUAUUCAUCAGUUACAAUCCAAGCUGUUGUAUUGGGUAGUUUUUGUUGUAAUGGUGUGCACAAUUAUAUUCAUGUUUCCUUUGUUACUCUAUUUGUGUCUGAUUUCAUAUAUUCCUAUGACUAAUGAACUUGGUCUUUUGAUGCUGGUUAUCAAGGCUUUGUUGAAAAGUUAA